CGAGGGAUGGCAAUUUAAGAGAGGGGUGAGUUGACUGGGCCAGUUGCGUCAUACCGGCCGAGAACCAUGAACCGCAUCCGACCGAGCCUCAAGUCAUCCGCCUGGAGGUCCUCUUCCUCCGCUUCAAGACAAUCAGCAUCACCACUUGGUAACGAAGAUAACCAGAAAAUUAACUUCUAUAGCAACUCACACAUCCUCCGCUAUGCUGAGAUGGAAGCUGCCCCCUUCAGUCUCAGACAGCUCAUCUUCUUUGGGAAAGUCUUGGGUCGACAGGGCUCCAACGACAAGGAGGUCGACCACAAUCUGAUGCAAGGUGCCAAUUUUACUCGGGUCCAACUUGCGAUUCGUUUGGCUCGUCAGAUACGCGAAUUCCAAUCGUUGCCUUACAUCGUUACCUCCAACCCUUAUCUCACUGAGACCUAUCAGAUGUACGUCGAGGCCUUUGAGAGCUUCAGAUUGUAUCCUGAGAUUCGUUGUCGACUCGAUAAUCAGAAGUGGUCUCAAUUCUUAGAAAACUUGCUUAAUCAGCAUAAAGUCGUCAUUCCUAAGCUUGCCAUUGGAGUAGCCGAAUCGCGGAGCCAUUUGACGAAUUCGCAGGUCGAGCAAUUCAUGACUCGGAUGUUAUAUUCGCGAAUCUCACGAAGAGUAUUGGCAGAACAUCACAUCGCUUUAACCCGACAGUUCCAAGAAAGUUCUUCCUCGAAACCUUCGAGCCAAAACAUCCGAUAUCUGGGGGUGAUCGACACCGAGUUGGAGAUCGGAAAUGUCGUCCAAAGGUGUAUCGAACUUGCCCAAACUACCCUCAACUCACAUAGUCUUGGCGGCUCCUCUUCUCAACAACCUGUCACCGUACUGGUUCGCGGUGAAAAAGACGCCAAAUUUGCAUAUAUACCAGAUCAUCUUGAAUUUAUCGUAUUCGAACUGCUUCUGAAUGCAUUUCGAGCCACAAUAAGCUCGGCAGUACAGCGGUCGCUUGAUCUUGCCAGUCUGCCGAUCGAAGUCCAAAUUGCCUCUUCCGCUACGCACAUCACCAUCCGGAUCUCAGACCAAGCCGGCGGGAUCUUACAUUCCUGGCGGCCAUCAUUUACAGACGAUGAUGACGAAAGCCUGCCUCCCACAGUAUCCAGACGCGAAAUGUUCAGCUUUGUUAAUAUGACGACGGCUAAUGAUAGUCUUAAACAAUUAGUCAGCUCUACCGACGGGACAAUGGAAGGCAAAGUUCGUGAACAGGUCGAUCAGGCGCACGAUCAACCUCACAUUCCUUCCUCGUCGAUAUCGUCCCCCUCUUCAACAAACACGAGAGGACUUGAACAGAUUCAAGAAGCAAGACUCCGCAUCGGCCUUCCUCUCAGCUCAAUUUAUGCCCAGUUCUUAGGCGGUUCAUUAGAAAUGUAUUCUAUUCCUGGCUUCUCCGAUAUCGUACUGUGUAUUCCUAAACUCGGGACAACCACCGAACCUUACUGAAUUGAGCUUCAGCUUAUAUGCUUCCUCAAUGUCCAAUUUGUCUUAUUGUGUUCUAUGCUUGCUGUGAGGAAUUCAUCUGUUGAUCAAGUCCCUUUGAUGUAAACCAAGUCUGCCUUUGUUUUCUCCUCUCACUCAUCAGUAUCUAUUGUUGAUGUAUUUGUAAACAGAAUGUGGCUUUGUAUUUUGUAAAGUGAUCUCAAAUAAUUUACACCAGUGCCAUGGGUUUCAGCAGGCAAGAUUGGAAAGGCA